CACAUUGUUAUCCUGUUUCUACGGGCGUUUACUGGAGAUAUAAUCAUGGCGGAUUCCAAUAAACUCUUGACAUGGUACAACGAUGUCUACUCUCGUACCGUUGAUCUCGUGGGUGACUACGCAGGAAGCGAACUCUUUAUCAUCGAAGGGGACUCGCUUCUCUUGCACUGCUUGACCGACGACCAACUUCAUUUUUCCAGUGGCUUCCAGUUGCUCCAUGCGACUUACAUUGUGGAACGAUUCCUCGCGAACCUUCGCCAACGGAACUGCAAUUUUCAGAUCGUCUUCUUCUCAGAACACUCGGUCAUAUCGAUUCCCCCGCAUGUUGACAAGGCAUCCAGGCCAAAGUAUAGUCUCGCCCGUGAAGCGAUCCUCCAGCAUCUUCUACAGAAUGCUCCCGAUGCAGUCCCGUCCGUGCGAGUGAAGUGCUUCAAUAGAUACGACAGUCAGGAGUUCCGAGAAUACCUUGCUGCAGAGGGUGUUUACUUCUUGAUGUGUCAUGAUGGAGCAUUGAUGGAACACAACCAGCAUGGCAAAGAAUCGGUAACAGUAGGUGAUAACGAGAAUCUAAGGGUGUCCGGUGACUCGGAUUUUGGUAGUGAAGGAACGGUUGAUGGUGCUCUACCGACAAUUGGUCCGACUAGUGCUAUCCUCAGAUCUAUGAUAUGCUGGUUUAUUGCCCAUGGUUACAACAUCUCAUUGUUGAAUAGUGUGGAGUGUCGAGACACGAAGGUGUUCACUACAGUUCUAGAGGGCUCCGCAGAAAACGCACAGAACAUCUAUCAUGCCAGAUUAAAACCUACCGGAGACCCAGAAUCAUCCGAGCCCGACACCCAAAAAUUGGCAGAAUUCGAUACAAAGACUGUCCAUGGCCACAUCAAAGCUCAUCCGAUCGCUCAACGUUCUCUCGCCAAAUCUUCCUCGACGGAGUUUAUGCUACGCAAGUUCAUGGAUAUAAUUGGCACCACAUGUCAUCAUGUCACCCAGCGGGAAUGGGUUUCGGUACUUACCGCAAGUACCGUGCUCAACUUUGACUCUUUUGAAGCGAAUGACAUGGUGGCAAUAUGUGCCCUGCUUCUACACACAGUUAUACUGAGCGAAUGCAAGCUUAGUGAUCGGACCUACAGCCCCACAGACUGCACUGGUGAGCUUUUUCUGGUGCAGUAUGCUGAGAUGGCUAGGGAUAUCAUCACGUCACCACUUUGGCACGAGGCUGUCAGAACUCAAUCUAUAUGUUGUGAUCUGGCAGACCUGAUGGAUGGAAGAUUGUUCCUACAGUUGUUGGAGCUAUGCCGCACCACACCUCGAGGAUUUACCCUCAGCCAAUCGGUAUUGACCCGAUUCUCGGUCCUCACAUCCCUGGUGAAAUAUCUUUGCGGAUCCGAAGUAUCUGGUAUAAAGAUCAUCAAUGAGGCAGACAAGAAAACAGCAAGCGGCAACAGGCGGACGACAGUGUCGUCUAAACACCUGCCUAACGAUCAGAAGGAGCCUGCUAAUGCCGUACUGCCGUUCAACAAUCCUGUUUUUGAUCCUCAUCUCAGGCCUAUAUCUCUCGUCGUUGACGAGUCCGCUACUGAGAUGAGCGACUUUGUGGUGUCGCGGACUUUUGAGGAAAUGAGUCACUGGCAUAACCAUAAGCGCCCGCUCGAUAAACGAAACGAAGGUCCCAUGCCAGAAAAGCUCCUUCGCCGGAACCAAUUCUUCAUGGCCGAAAUUACGAAAUAUGCUGCCAGUCUCACGAAUGCAGCCGGGGGGAUACUGGAACCAGAGACGGUUUUCCUAAAACCUGAAAAACACUUGGGUCGUGAGCCGAUAGUAAAGCGAACCAUCCGAGUGACUGAAACGCCUCGAAACAAGCAAUUGAAAGUGAACGGCCCAAAGCAAGGAUCCCACCAAAAGAUGGUCGGGUCAUUGGUCAAAAAUCAAGCGACAAUUCAGGUACAGGAAAAGCAACACAGCGCCGGUGCCAGGCAACUGAAAGCUUGGGGCAACAAGUGUCAAGGCUUCGAGAAAGAGACUAGUUUGACUCGAAGGUAUCUCAAAGCUCGAGAGUAUCUUGUCAGUCUUGAAAAAGAAAAAAGAUAUUUGGUGGAGGUCGAGGUACUCACCUACCAGGUGAGUACUUUGGUGCAACUCUGGAAGAAGAAGUGUGCGUCAAAUGAGCAAGAAAAAUCUCUGUCGAUAGUGGCACUCAUAUGGUAUGCUAUUCUUCAAAUAUCCAAGGCAAAGCAAGGUAUUACCGACGAGGUUGGGCGCCGCAUACAAGAUACCAUAAACGUGUUCAACCUUCCAGCCAUUGACAUCUCACCUAAUAGCGCUGGGAGGCUUUCAUUCGAAUUCACGUCGUUGGCGUCGCCUAAAGUCAAACUCGAAACAGGCUUGUCGCCGGUUGAGUUUCAACUUAUUCAUGCUGGACCGUAUUUUGACCGCAACAUGGACUCGGCACCGGAUGCUCGUGUCCAUGACUUCGAACCUGACCGGUGGCAGCGAGAGAUCUUGGACCAAAUCGAUGCCAAAGCAAGUCUCUUUGUGGUCGCUCCAACUAGUGCGGGAAAGACAUUCAUCUCUUUUUACGCGAUGAAACAGAUUCUUGAGGAUAGCAACGAUGGCGUUCUAGUAUACGUCGCCCCGACUAAGGCUCUUGUCAACCAGAUUGCUGCUGAAGUCCAGGCAAGAUUUAGCAAAAGUUUCAAGCAUGUUGGGAAGUCAGUCUGGGCCAUUCAUACCCGUGAUUACCGCAUCAACGACCCGGCAGGCUGUCAGGUUUUGAUAACGGUUCCUCACAUCCUUCAAAUUAUGCUUCUUGCCCCAUCGAAUGCAAGGUCAUGGUCAUCCCGGGUUAAGCGAAUUAUUUUUGAUGAGGUCCACUGCAUCGGCCAGGCGGAAGAUGGAGUUGUAUGGGAACAACUGCUUCUCCUUGCUCCUUGCCCUAUUAUUGCACUCUCCGCGACGGUUGGGAACCCGGAAGAAUUCAAGAAUUGGUUGAGCUUGACUCAAAAAGCGAACGGUUGUGAUUUGAAGAUGAUUGAACAUAAAGCGCGCUGGUCAGACUUGAGAAAGUUCAAGUACAAUCCUCCGCAGGCUUUCGUCUUCAAGGGGCUACCAAAUGUCACUGAUAUGGCAGCACUCGGUCUCGAUGGCUGUCCAAAUAUGUCAUUCAUACACCCUGUGACAAGCCUCAUUAAUCGAUCAAGAGGAAUCCCGGACGAUUUAACUCUUGAGCCACGCGAUUGUUGGAGUCUUUGGAAGGCCAUGGACAAGUACAAAACAAAUAAGUAUCCGCUUGACCGAGAUUUAGAUCCCUCAGUUGCACUGCCGACCGUCAUUUCAAAAACGAAUGUAUUGGAGUGGGAGGCUAAGCUGAAGACUGUUUUGAAAAGCUGGCUGAACAACCUGGACUCGCCAUUCAAUGCGGUUCUGGAAGAGCUCUCCCCCAAGUACCAGCCUGACAACAAGUUUGGUGUUCAGAUAUCGACUGGCGUGCUUAGUGAAUCCGAAACACCUCGCAAAGUUCGGGAUACCAGUAUUCUUGAUACGACACUUCCUCUCAUUUGUUCCCUGCAUGACCAAGGCGCUCUUCCGGCGCUAUUUUUCAAUUAUGAUCGGAGUUGGUGUGAGAAGAUAUGUCAGGAAAUUUUGAGUGAAUUGCAGGAAUCCGAAGCCCAUUGGAAGGCUUCGAGUUCGGCUUGGACACAAAAGAUCGCUGAAUGGGAGACCUGGAAAAAGGUGGAAGCCAAACGCGCCAAGCAGAAACUUCCAACCAGGAAAACAGGAAAGGGAGAGAGCAUGUCCAAGGAGGAGCAGAUGCGCGAUAUGACUGCCGAGGAGUCGAGCUGGCAUGAAUCCUUCGACCCUGAAGAACCAGAUCCCAGGUUCUCACUGGCCGAUAUGAAGAAAUUGGCGCCUUCGGAAUUUGAAGAUUACGCUGAGGAGCUCAGGAGACGCGAGGUCCCCCAAUGGCUAAUCGAUGCCUUGAAACGAGGAAUCGGUGUCCACCACGCCGGUAUGAAUCGCAAGUACCGCCAGGCGUGCGAGAUACUGUUUCGCAAGGGCUACCUACGCGUCGUCAUCGCUACAGGCACAUUAGCUCUCGGAAUCAAUAUGCCUUGCAAGACUGUUGUAUUUUCUGGAGAUUCCGUCUUCCUGACAGCCCUUGGGUUCCGGCAAGCAGCCGGUCGAGCUGGACGCCGAGGCUUUGACUUUUUGGGCAACGUUGUCUUCCAAUGCAUAUCGCAUUCCAAAGUUUGCCGCUUGCUGAGCUCAAAGCUUCCGAGUUUGAAUGGGCAUUUCCCCAUCACAACAAGCUUAGUGCUGCGACUCUUUAUUUUGUUGCAGAAAUCCGAACAAGCUCCCUUUGCCGUCAAAGCGAUCAACUCGAUUUUGUCGUGUCCACGGAUCUAUCUCGGUGGCCCGGAUUCCAAGCAUACCGUACUCCAUCAUCUGCGAUUUUCAAUUGAAUAUCUUCGCCGUAACUAUCUGCUGGAUACCAACGGGCUUCCUCUCAACUUUGCGGGCACAGUAGCACAUCUCUACUACACCGAAAAUUCCAGCUUUGCGUUCCACGCGCUCCUCAACGACGGUUAUUUCCACAGACUGUGCAAAAAUAUUAGCAGCAAUCCUAACUGCGUUGUUCUGACAUUAAUGUUGGUUAUGUCACACCUUUUUGGGCGCCAAUACCUACGGCCUUCUAUCUUGGAACGUCUUCGGAUGUCCGAGAAAAAGCCCACCUCUGUCGUGGUCCUUCCCAGCCUGCCAAAACACGCAGCUGAAAUCCUACGCUCCCAUAACAAGAAGACCCUCGAGAUUUACUCCUCCUAUGUUACGACCUUUGUUGAGCAGCACGUCAAGGAUCCAGACUGCUUUCUCCCGCUGACGCAAAUCAAGUGUGGAGGCGAUAAGUCCCCGGAUGAAAUCAGCUGCUUGUUGCCUAUCACUCCUCCCACUCGAGUCACUUCGUCAUUCGUUGCACUGUCAGGGCACAAAGACGAAUGGCGGAGCAUCUCCGAUCUUAGCCAGAAGGUUCGCAGCGGAGUCUGGCUGGAGUGGGCUGUGGUUCCAUAUGUUGGUCUUUUCCCCGAAGAGGGCAAGUUUGCACUGAAUGCCUAUCUAUACGAUUUCUUCAAACACGGAAAUGUAGAAGCUUUGGAGAAGGAAAAUAUUAUCCGCAGAGGCGACAUAUGGUUCGUUUUGAACGACUUUUCCCUCGUUCUUGCGACGAUCGUGACCAGUUUUGAGAAUUAUCUAAAGUUGUCCAAUAAUACUGAUAUGGAUUUGUUGGACGUGGCAGGUAGUGGCGAUAACCGUGAGCUCAGCUUGGAAGAUGAUGCUGUUGAUACAGGUCAAUCAUCUCCUGGGAAAACAACGAAGACGGCUGGUCGAAUUUCAGCCACGAUGCAAUCUAAACCCAAGACUCCUAUCUCCCCAGGCCCCAGUGCCAGACCCAAGAAAUCAAAGGUUGCUGACAGUUGGGAAGACGAGUUGAGCGAUGAGGAUCCAAGCCAGAAGGACGAUGAAAUUUCCAAGGGAUCCGAAAAGCCCAUCAGGACUACCAAUCAACUGAAAGGAAAGGGAAAGAAUAAUGUUGCUUCUGCCCAGCGCAACAGUGACUCUCGAACCGAAUUCAACGAGAUGGAAUUUUUGCAGGUCCUACAGGCCUUUAAAAUGCUCCAGGCCGAAUUCAAUGCGAAGUUCAAGGCCAUGUGGGCGUAAUAGACAAGAUCGUUUUGGCUAUUGUUUGAUAAAAGCCUUGGACGAUUUGGGUGGACAUGUUUUCAAUUGGCUUCUGAUGAAUUUCUAUAUUCACGAAUCUUGCCUCUUGCUCAAUUUGAAUCUCGGAUCGCUCGGUUUUGAAUAGUUAAUGGAUUACAGAAUGUAACUGAAUUUUCUUGGUGCAGCUAUUGGAAUCGCUGUCUGGCUAUGAGAAUAAUACACAGCAUCGAGCAUUCCCUUGUCAUACAUUGACUAGUGCUAUACUCUAAGGGUCACGGUGAUUGCUUUCCUUCACCUAUUGCCAGUCACAACAGACAUCCCAUUCCAUGCACUAACCCAAGCUUAUAAAAUCC